AUGGCAGCUGACUCCAGCAACAAUAUGGGCAGUGGCGGUGGGAGUGUGAGCAGUCAGAGGAUCAAGAUUGUUCUUCUUGGCGAGCAGAACACUGGCAAGACGUCUAUUGUAACUCGUUUUGUCUACGAUCACUUCGUACCCGCAUACGCCGCCACUAUCGGUAUCGACUUUCUUUCCAAGGUCGUUACAGUCACCGGAAAGACAAUGCGCCUGCAAUUGUGGGACACUGCUGGUCAAGAGCGAUUCCGUACGCUGAUGCCUAGCUACAUUCGCGACUCCAGCGCUGCUAUAGUGGUCUACGACAUCACAAGUCGUGAGUCAUUUGAAAAAAUCAAGGACUGGAUAAAGGACAUCAAGGAUUUACGCGGAGACAAAGCCAUCAUUAUGAUCGUUGGCAACAAAACAGAUCUGCUCGACAAGAGAAAAGUGUCAUACGACGAGGGUGAACAGGAGGCCAAGAAGCUCGAGUGCCUGUUUUGCGAGACUAGCGCCAAGAAUGGCGACAACAUUAACGACCUGUUCAACACGGUAUCUACCGAGCUUCUAAAGAAUCUGGAGCCUGUGCCCGUAAAUGACAAACUUGUCGACAUCGAUUUGAAGUCAAACAACGUGGAGGCUCCCAACAACUGUUCCGACCGCGGUAUUGAAACCAAGAAGGUCGCCCGGUCCUUCGCUACCCAUUCCUCUCACAGCGAUGUUGCCUCGUUUUUCGACAGCAGUUCCACUGCACUCUAUGAGACGUUUUCUCAAGGAAGCUAUGCAUCGCCCGGUGAAUGUCUUAUGGCAUCGGCUGCGUAUCUCCUACCUCUGAUGGAUGCGGUCGAGAACUUCGGAGAGGUUGUGAAACCGCACGUCCCUGAGUUAGCACAAGAGAUUCUGCACCAAAUUCACCAGAUAUCACAAUUCUACAGUUCGGUGCCAUUCCUGUCGUACACGAUGUCUACGUUAAUUUAUUCUGGUUUGGUGAAAAAAAACCAGUUUGAAUUUUCAUAUUUCUUGCGUUUUCACUUUCUCCAGUCGAUGAUCCUGUCGUCCUUUCAGAACACCUUGGCGAUGUUUUACUUCAAGGUACUGCCGCUGGAUGUCUCGUCUCAAGAGUUUAUGUCCAUGGUGUCAUUGAUGUCAGCUGUGCUAGCAUCUUUUGGGGCAGUGUUCUAUUGCGUUGCUCAUUCGCUAUUUGGCCGUUUUGCUUCACUCCCUGUUAUUUCCGAUGCCGUGCAGCUGCACAUAGGUGAGAUCCCACCAGAGUUAGUGUUGACAAGGUGUAACCAAGAGGACUCGGAAGUAGUGGAUAAGGCCACUAGAUAA